CAGUCAGAAUAUUAAAAAGAGAGUCAGACAUAGUGACACAAAAGUCACAAUCAAAAAGUUCGUGUAGAAAAAAGUUGAUGAAAGUUGAGAAUCAUUGCGAAAAAGUCUGCAUUUACGAUUGGGGGGAGGGGAAGGUUGAAAUGGACCAUUUGGAAUGGGAAAGAAGGUGGAAAGGAGGCAAAGUGCAGGCGGCCAGCACAUACGCAGAGUUGCUAUUUGCAAAGUAAAGUCCAAAGCACAUCUUUGCGCAAGCACCAGUCCAAAGGGACACUUUGAAAGCAACAGCACAUCUUUGUGCAAGCACCAGUCCAAAGGGACUCUUUGAAAGCAACGUUCCCAAAAAAACAGAGACAAAGGUGGAGUCCACCUCAAUCCUGCCUGCCUGCCUGCCUGCCUGCCUGCGGAGAAAAGAUCUGAUCCGGCGACAAUGCUUUGGCAUCUUUGUGUGGCUUUGCUCUCCCUGGGGGGGAUCGGAAGCAGCCCGGUGAGUGUCCAGUGGGCCGCAAACAGCAGUCAGCCCGUUACAGCCCGCCAGCAGGAAAUCAUCCAAGCCACUGUCAAGCUGCUGAGCGCCGUUGCCAGCGGAGAUUACGACACGUACCGGGAAAUGUCCCAUCCGGCUCUCUCCAGCUUCGAGCCCGAAAGCUUGGGCGUCCUGGUGCGCGGCUUGGAGUUCCAUCGCUUCCUCAUGCAGAACGACGGGGCGCCCGGACGUGCUGGUCACACGGUAGUGGUGGAGCCCCUGGUGCACAUGCUGAGCGAGGACGCCGCCUGCAUCGCCUACGUGCGCCUCACCCUGACGCCGGGCCGGCGCGCCAAGGCGGAGGAGACGCGCGUCUGGCGCCGAGGCGGCGACGGCACCUGGCGCCACGUCCACUUCCACAGGAGCGUCUCGGCCGCUCCGCACACAAACUGACGCAAAGUCCGUCCCCCAAAUGACGACGCUGACCUCAUUUGUCCCCAAAAUGAUGACUCCGCUAGCCACUCCCACAACCUAGUCGGGAAUUUAUUUGCAAACACAAUCGUCAAACAAAGACAUUGGGCAAGCUGCACGGCACACACACACACACCCACACACACCUCAACAAAUUCUCUGUCAUACACUCUCGCUCAUUCUCACACGGAGUAGUCGCCAUACACAGUAGCUGGAAAUGAAUAAAGGUGCAUCUCCUGAACCGUUCGUCUGUCCGUCCGUCGGCCACAUCGGGGCAACAGGGAUGCGCUCUUUGGCCACGGAUGGAUGGAUGAUAGAUAGAUCCUCCCCACCCCCCGAAAAGAAAGGAAGCGUGAAAAUGCCGCCAAUGGUGAGAAUGAAGAGUCCAUCAAUCGGAAUGAAGACGGCAAAGAAAAGACAAG